UAGCAGUGGAUGGUUGGUGGGUUUGGCUGGCUGGAGAAGUGAGAUUUUUAAUCCUCGGAGCGUGGGGAACCGUCGAAGCAUCGAUGAGAUUUGUGAGCAACUUAGAGUUGCUUAAAGUUUGCAAGGACAUUUGGGCACUAUUCGCUAGACAAGGAUUAUGGUACGACGAACGGUUGGCACGCGGCUGCCAAUGCUGAUGGCGUUUUUGCUGACGGCUUCUCCUCCCACCGACGCGCAACAGUUCCCCGUCUUCGAGACGCUGUUCGAUGAGGUGAGCCUGCUGGUGCGCACCGGCCCGAACGCUUCCGUGCCAAUACCGGAGGCGAAGCGGAUCCGCGACGAGUACGAUUUCGUCGUGAUUGGGGCCGGCUCGGGCGGUUCGGUGAUGGCCAACCGGUUAAGCGAAGUGCGCGACUGGAGCGUCCUGCUGCUCGAGGUGGGCAAGGAGGAGAACCUGAUCUCGAACGUUCCCCUCACAGCCGGACUCACCACGGCCACGGGUUACAGCUGGGGCUACCGGUCCGAUCCGAUGCGCAAUGCUUGCCGGGGGCUAGAGCAGGGCGUCUGUUACUGGCCGAAAGGGCGUGGGUUGGGUGGGACGAGCCUGAUCAACUUCCUGCUGUACGGUCGCGGCCACCAGCGCGACUACGACGAUUGGGAGCGGGCGGGCAACUACGGCUGGGGCUACCGGGACGUCCGGAGGUACUUCGAGAAGGCGGAGCAGAUCAAGGGCCAGCCGUACAACCGGCACGGCUACCUGCACAUUGAGGAAAGCUCGUUCGAAACGCCAAUGCUGGGCAGGUACAUCGAGGCCGGCAAGCGGUUCGGCUACCGGCACAUCGAUCCGAACGAUCCGGUCCAGCUCGGGUUCUACAAGGCGCAGGCCACGAUGGUGAACGGGGAGCGAUGCAGUGCGGCCCGGGCCUACCUCAAACCGGUCGCCGAUCGGCCCAACCUGGACAUAUCGACCCGCUCCUGGGCCACCCGGAUUUUGAUCGAUCCCGUCACGAAAGCGGCAUUCGGCGUGGAGUUCACCAAGAACAAGCGCCUGCACACGGUGCGCGUGCGCAAGGAAGUGAUACUGGCGGCGGGCGCGAUCGCGUCACCCCAGCUGCUGAUGCUGUCCGGCGUGGGGCCGCGGGAGCAUCUGCAGCAGCUCGACAUACCCGUCGUGAAGGAUCUGCGCGUCGGGUACAAUCUGCAGGACCACCAGACACUGUCCGGGCUGGUGUUCACCGUCAACCAGCCGGUAACGAUACGGGAGCGGGACAUGCGCCGACCGGCCCCCUUCCUGAGCUAUCUGUUCGCCCGCCGCGGUCCGUUCACCGUGCCGGGCGGGGCCGAAGGUAUCGCGUUCGUGAAGACGAACAACUCGCGCUCCCCCGAGGACUACCCGGACGUGGAGCUGGUGCUCGGUACGGGUGCGGUCAACAACGAUGAGUCCGGGUCGCUCCGGCACACGUUCGGGAUGACGCGCGAAUUCUACGACCGUUCGUUUGGGCCGGCCCGGGGACAGCACGCGUUCGGCAUUGCGCCGGUACUGAUGCGGCCGAAAAGUCGGGGCCGGGUGUGGCUGAAGAGCCGCAACCCGUUCCACUGGCCCCACAUGGAGGGGAACUUCUUCGACCAUCCGGACGAUCUGGCGACGAUGGUGGAGGGCAUUAAGCUGGCGGUGCGCAUUGGCGAGUCGGACAGCUUCGCCUCGUACGGUGCGCGGCUGCUUGGGACACCGUUCUAUGGGUGUGAGGCGCAUCCGUUCCGGUCGGACGACUACUGGCGCUGCUGCUUGCAGCAGGUCGGUGCCAGCAUUCAGCACCAGUCCGGUACGUGCAAGAUGGGCCCGGCCAGCGAUCCGGACGCGGUCGUCGAUCCGGAACUGCGCGUGCACGGCGUCGGCGGGUUGCGCGUGGUGGACGCUUCCAUCUUCCCGGUCAUACCGGCGGCCCACACGAACGGGGUCGUCAUCAUGGUGGGCGAGAAGGCGGCCGACAUGGUGAAGGACUACUGGAACAAUCACAUACCGUGAGGGAGGAGGGAGGGGGAGAAAGAUAUGCUCUUUGCCGUUGCAAGCAGCGCCAAUCAAACUAGUCACGAUGGGUUACAAGUUUAAUUUUAUGUUUGAGGGAAAUCAACGGUACAAUUUAGCAUUAAGAAAAUAAGAAAUAAAAUAAAGUUUAAAUUAAUAAUUAUAAAAUUA